UACGCUUCAAGCGUGCUAACAUGUGUUUUUGAGGAGAAAGAUCAGACCAGUGAAAAUUUCGCUCGAUUCGAGAAAAUUGCUAUUUGGUUUUUAUAAAUCGGUUUCGAUAAAUAUCACUGAGUGUGUAUGGUGACAAAAAACAUUUAAAUCAGCUGAAAUAAGCAGCCUACAUAAAAUUUAAGCAGAUUUUUCGGAUAACCGUGUAAUAUGUAUGAAGAUCUUCGCACUGCAUUCGGGUUGCUGGAUCGCAACCAGGAUGGACAUGUAACGGCUUCAGAGUUGCAAUUUAUGUUAAGAAAUCUAGGAAUCCACGUGAGGGAUGAACUUAUUCAAGAUCUGAUGAAAGACGCUAGUCAGUCUGGUAGCGGAUUAAUAGACGAGACCGAGUUUUUACAAUGGAUCGCAAAGAUUCAGGCAGUUCAGGCAAUGCAAGGCGGAACCCAAAGACAAGGCGGCGAUUCAGACUCCAAUGAUGAUGUCAAUAAAGAUCUACGAUCUGCCUUCAAGGUGUUCGACCGAGAUGGUAAUGGAUACAUUUCCCGAGACGAAUUGCGAACCGCCAUGGAGAUGAUCGGCGAAAAUGUCACGGAGCAGCAGGUCACCGAGUUGAUGACGUUGGCCGAUACGGACAAGGAUGGACGCAUCAACUUCGAAGAAUUUGCGAGACUAUUUUCAUAAAUACAAGAUGGUGUGAUACUUAUAUAAGGUUGUAUUAUAUUUAAAAAUGUAAAAAUGUACAUUAUCGAAUGUAUUGUCAAUAAAUAUUAUAUUAUAUAUCAUAAAUCAUUUAGAAUAAAAUUGCAAUAAUA